AUGUGGAUGGUGUCACCGCCUGUUGAUGAAGGAUCUCCCCAGCUUGCCUGGCUUUGGGACCACGGCAAAGGUAUUUUGCAGUCCACCAAGAAGCUGGUGCUGAGCGAGCGGGCGGGAGCGGGCCGGGGCCGGACGCUGGAGUUCCUGCGGAAGAAUGCGGCCAACGGGCUCUCCAUGGCCAACCUGGUGGCCGGGCUCGCCUCCAUCCUCUGCAGCCUCAACAGGCAGUACUCCUACUCCUGCUGGCUACUGCUGGUGGGCUUCCUGCUCGACCUGGCCGACGGAGCCGUUGCUCGCCGGCUCGACGCCUGCUCGGCGCUGGGUGCCAAGCUGGAUGAUUUUGCUGACUUCACCACCUUCGGGCUGGGCACGGCGCUGCUGCUGCAGCCGCAGGGUGUCCUGGCAGGGCUGCUGGUCAUGGCCUACGUCAUGGCCGUGUUCGCUCGGCUCUGCUUCUUCUCCAGUGGGAUCCCUUUCACCUACCGGGGGCUGCCCUGUCCCUACGCCUCCUCGCUGCUGGUGGGCACCUUCCUGCUGCUGGGGGGGGACCUCGCCCUGCUGCGUGUCACCGCUGCCAUCAUGAUCCUCUUCAUGCUGGACCAGGGGCUCUACCCUCACGACAAGGUGCUGGAGUCCCAGCUCUGGAAGAAAGCAGUUUAUGCUGGAGGGGUGGUGGCUGUCCUCCUCUCGCCGGCAGCAGUGGCUUCAGUCUAUUUCCUCGCCUGGUCAAUAUCCUACAUCGUCUUCCCCUUUGCCAUCUGGAGCUGUGAAACCUAA